UCCAUGUAACUGUGGCUAGGUCUUGUCAAGGGGUUGUUUAGCUGGCUGGCUUUCACUGAGCACACAGCAUGGCUUUAUCCUGUGGACAAAAGAAGAUACAGGGUCUAGAAGGGCCUUCGGGGUGGGGCUGGGAUAGUCCAUCUCUAAUCAGUGCUGGGUGUGGCUGCUCUCCUGCCCAUCAUAAGGAAGUAGGUGUGACUAGCUUUCUGGGAAAAGUCCCUCCUACCCCUACCAGUACUAAGUGUCCACAAGCAGGCCACAGCUGACUCUGCCACUAAGCUUGCCAUGGUGUCUUGGGACAAGGCUCACCUGGGUCCUAAGUAUGUGGGCCUCUGGGACUUCAAGGCACGGACAGAUGAGGAGCUGAGCUUUCAGGCAGGAGACCUCCUCCAUGUUACCAAGAAGGAGGAACUGUGGUGGUGGGCCACCCUGCUGGAUGCAGAAGGCAAGGCCUUGGCUGAGGGCUAUGUGCCUCACAACUACCUGGCUGAGAAGGAAACUGUGGAGUCUGAACCGUGGUUCUUUGGUUGCAUCUCCCGCUCAGAGGCCAUGCACAGGCUGCAGGCUGAGGACAACUCGAAGGGUGCCUUCCUGAUCAGAGUCAGCCAGAAGCCAGGAGCAGACUAUGUCCUCUCUGUCCGGGAUGCUCAGGCCGUGCGACAUUACAGGAUCUGGAAGAACAACGAGGGCCGGCUGCACCUGAAUGAGGCGGUAUCCUUCUCCAAUCUGUCUGAGCUUGUGGACUACCAUAAGACCCAGAGCCUGUCUCAUGGCCUACAGCUGUCCAUGCCCUGCUGGAAGCACAAAACUGAGCCCUUGCCCCACUGGGAUGACUGGGAGAGGCCGAGGGAGGAGUUCACACUCUGUAAGAAGCUGGGGGCCGGCUACUUUGGGGAGGUCUUUGAAGCGCUCUGGAAAGGCCAGGUCCAUGUGGCUGUGAAGGUGAUCUCUAGAGACAAUCUCCUGCACCAGCACACCUUCCAGGCUGAGAUUCAGGCCAUGAAGAAGCUGCGGCACAAGCACAUCCUGUCACUGUACGCUGUGGCGACUGCAGGGGACCCGGUCUACAUCAUCACGGAGCUCAUGCCCAAGGGGAACCUGCUGCAGCUACUGCGUGACUCUGAUGAGAAAGCCCUGCCUAUUUUGGAGCUGGUGGACUUUGCAUCACAGGUUGCUGAGGGCAUGUGCUACCUGGAAUCUCAGAAUUACAUCCACCGUGACCUGGCUGCAAGGAACGUUCUUGUUACAGAGAACAAUCUCUGCAAAGUGGGGGACUUUGGGCUUGCCAGGCUUGUCAAGGAGGACAUCUACCUUUCCCAUGAGCACAAUGUCCCCUACAAAUGGACAGCACCUGAGGCACUUUCCCGAGGGCAUUACUCCAUCAAGUCUGAUGUCUGGUCUUUUGGAGUUCUUCUUCAUGAAAUUUUCAGCAGGGGGCAGAUGCCCUACCCAGGCAUGUCCAAUCAUGAAACCUUCCUGAGGGUGGAUGCCGGCUACCGCAUGCCCUGCCCUCUGGAGUGCCCACCCAACAUACACAAGCUGAUGCUCAGCUGCUGGAGCAGAGACCCCAAGCAGAGACCUUGCUUCAAAGACCUGUGUGAGAAACUCACAGGUAUCACCAGGUAUGAGAACCUGGUCUGAGCUCCUUGGACGUGGCCAGGACCCACAGAAGAGGGCCUCGUGAUUAUCCUGGACUUCUAUUGAAGGCAUGAACCAUCCUUCAGUUUACUGAGAUGAAGGGAUAGGAAACAUACCAAACAUACCUCAAAUACUGCGUUUUGUCAAGGAAAGAGUAAAGAGGCUCCUUUCCCUUUUUUGGGGGGGGGGGGUUUCGAGACAGGGUUUCUCUGUAUAGCCCUGGCUCUCCUGGAACUCACUUUGUAGAGGAGGCUGGCCUCAAACUCAGAAAUCUGCCUGCCUCUGCCUCCCAAGUGCUGGGAUCAAAGGCGUGCGCAACCCGGCUUCCUUUCCCUCCUCCAGGAGGCAAUACACAAAAUCCAGAAAGUCACUCUCUGGCUUCUUCCUCCCUUCUCCUGUGAAGACUUCAUGUGACAGAGAAGCCAAGAAGAGUCUAGGCAACAGGCCUUGUGGAGUUCUUUUCAUACCACUUUUGGAGCUUGACUGUCCACAAACACAUACCCUACCCUUUAGCACCUUAAUUCUGCAGGAUCUUAUGCCACAUACAACCCAGAACAAGUUUACAUGAUUUUCUCUUUAUAACCUUGGUUUUGUUGGAGGAUCCUCACCUAGAAAGUUGAAGACAGAGAUAAAUGGAUAUGAAAUUUC